AUGUCCCUCCCAUCAACCCCCAAAGCUACUCCUCCCAUGGCGCCCUCCUCCGAGGGCCCUCAGACCCCUGGCAGAUGGAGACACCCCCAACUGGAUGAGAUCGUCAAACGCCAGAAUGCGUCCACUUUCGAUGAAAAGAACGUGAAGAAGCUUGUCUGGAAUGGAUCAGCUUUGGUCAUGACUUGGAUUUUCGGAACUGCCCUCAAGUCAUACUCACGCCAAAUCUUUGACAACGACCACGUCUACCAUGAUGUCUCUUUGUUCCUGUUCCAGGUCUUCUUCCUACUUAACGUCGGUACCGCGCUUUACCCCCUCUUCCGGGCCAAAGACGACCUGUCCGACAUCCCUCUCACUCCGACACAACGCUCCCUUCUGGGUCUGGAUCCAGCUGCAACCCAACCCGCCACGCCGGGAACAACAUUCGUUACUCCACCCAGAUACCGCCUGUCUACCUCGCGCAAAGCCAGCCCGGCUAGCCGACAGGGUUCGCCUAUGUCUACCUCUGCGAACGCCAGCUUCUCGGAACGACGCUCAUCCAUCGGUACACCUUUCUCGCCUGUUUCGAGCCCUCUGCUUUACAAGGCAGUCUCCAAUGGAGGCAAUGCAAACCGAGAAUCAGCCCAGCGCCAGAGCUUUGGGUCCCAAAGCUUCGGUUCGCAAAGCUUUAGUUCGACAUCCCCCCUUGGCCGGAGCAACUCGUUCGGAGAGUCGACGCUAAGUAUGGGCAGCCUUGGCCCAGCGACACCUUCUCCUCUUGCAGGCAAGCGCGCAGGUCUGGGUGUCAAGAACAAAUGGCUGUACGAAAGGAGCCGCCGAUUGUCGGCAAGUGGAGGUGCCAUGUGA